AAUGUCAACGAAAUAAAUUUAAAAUACGCCAACGGUAACGGUUUUUAUUUUUUUUAUAAAUGUGCCCAGUUUUUGUGUAUGUGUAUGUACAUUUAUUGACAUUUAUUUUGUAAAAAGGUGUUACAUGUGGCCACAAAAUUCUUUUGCAAAAAUGAAUGGAAUCAGUUCAGACUCUGAAGAAGAAUCAUUUAGAGGGACUAACAAAAAUAGUUUAAUCAGUUCUGAUUCAGAAGAAGAAAUGUUUGUAGGGACCAAGAAAAAUAUCCUAAUCAGUUCAGAUUCUGAAGAAGAAUCAUUUAGAUUUAGAGGGUCUAAGAAAAAUAAUGUAAUCGAUUCUGAUUCAGAAGAAGAAUCAUUUAGAAGGACUAAGAAAAAUAAUGUAAUUGGUUCUGAUUCAGAAGAAGAAAUAUCUAGAGAGACUGAGAAGAAUAAUGUUAUAAUUCCUGACUCUGAUGAAGAAAUAUCUAAAGAGAUUGAGAAGAAUAAUUUAAUUAUUUCUGAUUCCGAAGAGGAAACAUUUAGAGAAACCGAGGAGAAUAUGUCCUUACCUGGAAUAGUUACCAAAAAUCAAACAGCACUUAGUUCUGAUUCUGAAAUAAAUACUUGCGAAAAAGAUUUAGUAAAUACAUCUAGAUCUGCAAAAAACAGAACACCUAAGAACAUUUUGGGCAAAACUCCAACCAAAAAUAAUUUUACUUCCCCAUAUUUAGACGCUGUUCAUAAUGAAGAAACUGUUAAAGUGCCUACUUUGUUAGAAAUAUUGUCCAUAUCUCAAAAAAUAUCUAGGAGUCCUGACAAAACUAGAAUAUCUCAGGAUUUUAAGAACAGACAGUUACUUUGUAGUACUUUUAUUGAUGUACCAAUGUUCUGUAAUACACCCACCAAUAAGGAAACUGGGAAAAGAUUGCUGAACAGGUCAAUUGAUACUCCAAGGAUUUUGAAACAAGAUAGAAAGGAAGCGGUCGAACCUAGUUACAGAACCCCAAAGUUCAAAGAUGCAUGCACUUCUAGAGAAGUAACUCAAAUAAUUUUGUCAAGUUCGGACGAAGAGAGUGUUGGUGUUAUUGGAGGUAGCGACGACGAAUUACUUCCCAAAAUGAAACCAAAAGUAACGCAAAUAAUAUUGUCAAGUUCUGAACACGACAGUGAUGAUAUUAUUGAAGGUAGCGACGAUGAAUCAGUUCCCAAAACAAAAAUGAAACAACCCACGUUAUUGGAGAUGUUUAAAAAAGAACCAAAAUUAGAACAAAAAAUAGAACUAAAAACAGAACCAAAAAUAGAAGUUUUGAGUUCAGAAUUUUUUGAGGUUUCCCCUCGACAGUAUCAAGAACAAAGAAACAUGGUAAGGAGACUACGACAAGACCUUGAACAAGCUGAGCAACUUAUGGAGGCUCUUAAUAUGGAACAUUUACCGGAUAAGGGUCAGUCUUUAAAGGAUAGAUAUCGGACUUUAAAAAGAAAACUAAAAGAAGAAGGUGACACGCUCUCUAAAAUGAAGAUUCCUCAAGAAGAUGAAAAAGAUGAAGUGCAAAUAACAAAUAUCUUUGUGCCACCCAAAACUCUUUCCUGGAAUGAUAUCGAAAAAGGUACUGGAAAGGUUCAACCAAACACAUUCGGUAAACAAGCCAUGUCAACGUAUAAUGCUCAGAAAGCGCUAACAGUCGAUAGAUUACAACAACUGCAUGGAUCGUUAAAAACGUGUCCCAAGGAAGAUGACCAUGCAGAUCCCCCUAGAGGAUUGACUGUAGAUCUUAUGCCUCAUCAACGCCGUGCACUUUCUUGGCUAAUGUGGCGAGAAAACCAAAAGCCAUCAGGAGGCAUAUUAGCUGAUGACAUGGGCCUGGGAAAGACUCUUACCAUGAUUUCCCUAAUGUUAAAGUGCAACGAGCUUGAAAAACCUGACUUCGACGAAGAAAAUGAAGAAGAGGGGGUAGAAGCUAAAAAAUAUAAUGGGGGCACUUUAAUUGUAUGCCCUGCUAGUCUCUUAAACCAAUGGUCCAGGGAAUUGGAAGUAAGAACAACAAGAGGCUUAGCAUCUUGUGAAAUUUACCAUGGCCCUAGACGGGAAAAGAAAGCAAAAAGAUUAGCAAAAUACGAUAUGGUUGUUACCACUUACAGCAUCAUCAAGAACGAAUGCAGAAAAAACGGUGCCGUGUUCCAAGUCAAAUGGAGACGUAUUGUUAUAGACGAAGCUCACCAAAUUAGGAAUCACAAAUCGCAGACAUCUGAUGCGUGUUGUAGAUUGUCGGCAAAAUCCAGGUGGGCGUUGACAGGAACACCCGUUCAAAAUAAAGAAUUGGACAUGUUUGCUCUGUUAAAGUUCUUAAGGUGCACACCUUUCGAUGAGUUACCUGUUUGGAAGAGAUGGGUAGGAGAUAAGAGUACGGGAGGUACAGAACGCUUACACACGGUCAUUUCUUCGCUUAUGUUAAGAAGAACAAAACCAGAAUUAAUUGAAAAGGGUCUAUUAAAUGCUAUGCCCGAAAGAAAGUGGGAACUUAUCUCAGUUGACUUAACCAAAAGGGAGAGGGAUGUGUAUAGCAAAAUCCUGAUAUUUUCCCGUACCUUAUUCGCUCAAUUUCUACAUCAAAGAGCAGAAAAGAAUCAAGAUGCAAGAGAUUACCAAUUGGACACCUUAGAAGGUCCAAAUGGGGCCAAUAAAGAAUACUUUCUAAUGAGAGAGAAGUUGUUAAGACUCAAUAAACUUAAAGAUAUUAAACAGCACGAGAUUCUUGUGCUAUUGCUCCGGUUGAGACAGAUUUGUAAUCAUCCGUCUCUUAUAACUGGAAUGCUCGAGGAAGGGCUAGAGCUAGCAGGCGAUGAAGAGAAUGCACAUGAUAGAGAAGGAGCUCUAGACCUUCUGGACCAACUUAACAAGUUAAACAUCAAUGAUACAGAAGAGCCUGGUACAUCUGAAGUAGCUGACGGUCUUAGCGAAGAAGCCACUUCACUAAAACAGGUCGUACAUAAUGUAUUAUCUCCUUCAGACCCAGUAUUCUCGAAAACACGGAGCAGUAGUAAGAUAGACGCAGUAAUCAAACUUUUAAACGAAAAAGUUCUCGAAAAUGAUGACAAAGCCGUCAUUGUCUCACAGUGGCCCUCGUUUUUGAAUCUCAUAGCAUACCAUCUCAAGAAACUCAAUAUUAAAUAUGACCAGUUAGAUGGAAGCGUUCCUGUUAUCAAAAGAAUGGAUAUGGUUAACAAACUCAACAAUCCGAAGGACGACUUGCGUGUAAUGCUACUAUCGCUAACAGCUGGAGGUGUAGGUUUGAACUUAGUCGGAGCCAACCACUUGAUCUUACUUGAUCUGCAUUGGAACCCACAAUUAGAAAAUCAAGCUCAGGAUAGGAUAUACAGAGUAGGCCAACAAAAACCGGUAUUCGUCUAUAAAUUUAUGGCGGAAGACACUAUAGAAAAGAGAAUUUUAGAUUUGCAAGAAAAAAAAUUAGGAAUUGCAAACGCAAUGUUGACAGGCACAGUGCAGGCAGCUAAGAAUAAGUUGUCUAUAGAUGAUUUGAAGCUGUUGUUUGAAAUGUAAUUCAUUCAUUUUGUAUGCCACAAUGUUUUAUGUUUUUUAUUUGUGUUAUAUUUAUUUGUGAUUUUUUUUGACUAUGGACUUAAGAGCGUAGACGCAAAAUUUCGAACCAAUGCUUUCUAAAUGCAUUAAUUUUUUUAAAUUUUGAAAAAAGUGAUAAAUAUUUUUGAAAAAUUUAAACGCAGAAUGAAAGAUUACAUUAUUACCCAGGGCCAAAAGUUCCUUAGAAUAAACAGAAAGUUUCUUUUAAAUGAGUUAUUUAAAAUUAAAAAUCACAUUAAAUUUUUUCUUUUUUUUUUACCCCUGUAACUUAUUAAAAUAAACAUUAUAGAGGUUCGCAGGGACUUUCGGCCUUCGGUAAUAAUGUAAUCUUUCAUUAUGCGUUUAACUUUUUCAAAAAUACUAAUUAGUUAUCUCAUGAAUUCUCAGUACUAAUUUAUGCGAAUUUUUGCGCCUACGCUCUUAAUCCAUUAGUCGAACUGAUAUAUUUUUAUUUUUAUACAGUUUUAUAUAUAUGACUAU